CUCUCAAAAUAAGUUAUUGGACAAUUUCGUCAUUUCAAUUAGUAUAGGCCGCUAUAUAAGUAGGGUCGUAGAGGGCGUCCUUCAAUUUCCUAUCGUAACCUAACAAUUGAAAUUUCAGAUCUAAAACUUCAUCAAUCUCUCUCAACUCUCAAGAUGCAGAUCUUCGUCAAAACCCUCACUGGCAAGACAAUCACCCUUGAGGUGGAAAGCUCAGACACCAUUGACAAUGUUAAGGCAAAAAUUCAGGACAAAGAGGGGAUCCCACCUGACCAGCAGAGGCUGAUUUUCGCUGGUAAGCAGCUUGAGGAUGGGCGCACUCUUGCUGACUACAAUAUUCAGAAGGAGUCCACUCUCCACUUGGUGCUUCGCCUUCGUGGAGGCAUGCAAAUCUUUGUGAAAACUCUCACUGGAAAGACCAUCACCCUUGAGGUUGAGAGCUCUGACACCAUUGACAAUGUCAAGGCCAAGAUCCAGGACAAAGAAGGAAUCCCACCAGACCAGCAGAGGUUGAUCUUCGCUGGAAAGCAGCUGGAAGAUGGGCGCACCCUUGCAGACUACAACAUCCAGAAGGAAUCCACCCUGCACUUGGUCCUUCGUCUUCGUGGUGGCAUGCAAAUCUUCGUGAAGACCCUCACUGGCAAGACUAUCACAUUGGAAGUUGAAAGCUCAGACACCAUUGAUAAUGUCAAGGCAAAGAUUCAGGACAAAGAGGGGAUCCCACCAGACCAGCAGAGGCUGAUCUUUGCUGGUAAGCAACUGGAGGAUGGCCGCACCCUUGCUGACUACAACAUCCAGAAGGAGUCCACCCUCCAUUUGGUACUUCGUCUUCGUGGUGGCAUGCAGAUAUUUGUGAAGACUCUGACAGGGAAGACAAUCACCCUGGAAGUUGAAAGUUCUGACACAAUAGACAAUGUGAAGGCCAAGAUCCAGGACAAGGAGGGCAUCCCACCUGACCAGCAGAGGUUGAUUUUUGCUGGCAAGCAGCUGGAAGAUGGGCGCACCCUUGCAGACUACAACAUCCAGAAGGAAUCCACCCUGCACUUGGUCCUUCGUCUUCGUGGUGGCAUGCAAAUCUUCGUGAAGACCCUCACUGGCAAGACUAUCACAUUGGAAGUCGAAAGCUCAGACACCAUUGAUAAUGUCAAGGCAAAAAUUCAGGACAAAGAGGGGAUCCCGCCAGACCAGCAGAGGCUGAUCUUUGCUGGUAAGCAACUGGAGGAUGGCCGCACCCUUGCUGACUACAACAUCCAGAAGGAGUCCACCCUCCAUUUGGUCCUUCGUCUUCGCGGUGGCAUGCAGAUAUUUGUGAAGACUCUGACAGGGAAGACAAUCACGUUGGAAGUUGAAAGCUCUGAUACUAUUGACAAUGUGAAGGCCAAGAUACAGGACAAGGAGGGCAUCCCACCAGAUCAGCAGAGGUUGAUUUUUGCUGGAAAGCAGCUUGAAGAUGGACGCACCCUUGCAGACUACAACAUCCAGAAAGAAUCCACCCUUCACUUGGUUCUACGUCUUCGUGGUGGCAUGCAGAUCUUUGUGAAGACCCUUACUGGCAAGACCAUUACCUUGGAGGUUGAGAGUUCUGACACUAUUGAUAAUGUUAAGGCUAAAAUCCAAGACAAGGAAGGCAUCCCACCUGAUCAGCAGAGAUUGAUUUUUGCUGGGAAGCAGCUUGAGGAUGGGAGGACCCUUGCCGAUUACAAUAUCCAGAAGGAGUCUACCUUGCACCUUGUCCUGCGCCUUCGUGGUGGUUUCUGAGUUGUUGUGGUCGUUAGUUAUGGUGGUUCCAAUUUGGUCCUGCUAGCUAUGUUUAAUGGCUUUAAAUAAAUAAUCUUGAAUCCUCCUGAACUUUCUGUUUGGAACUUUUGAGUGGUUUAUGUAAGUUUUUCUUUAGUUGUUCAAAUGGCCGAUGAGUGGUCAAUUCUGCUCUGUUCUUAAAUACAAUAAUUGCUUGUUACAAUUUGGGGUUGGACUGUGAAUUCAUACCUUCACUUUAUGCUGUCAUGUGAUUGUAAUCGUUUGAUGAGCUCAGUUGGACCUAUUUUCUGAUUCAA